ACUGCGGCCGCAGCGGCGGCGGCGGCGGGCAUGGCAGAAGCGCGGUCCCGACCCUCGGCGGGGCAGCAGCUCAACGCGCUGCCGGACCACUCGCCGCUGCUGCAGCCCGGCCUGGCGGAGCUGCGGCGCCGGGCCCGGGAAGCGGGCGUCCCGCUCGCGCCGCUGCCGCUCACCGACUCCUUCCUGCUGCGGUUCCUGCGCGCCCGGGAUUUCGAUCUGGACCUGGCCUGGCGGUUACUAAAAAACUAUUAUAAGUGGAGAGCAGAAUGUCCAGAAAUAAGUGCAGAUCUACACCCUAGAAGUAUUAUUGGCCUUCUAAAGGCUGGCUACCAUGGAGUCCUGAGAUCCAGGGAUCCCACUGGCAGCAAAGUUCUUAUUUACAGAAUUGCACACUGGGACCCCAAAGUUUUUACAGCUUAUGAUGUAUUUCGAGUAAGUCUAAUCACAUCCGAGCUUAUUGUACAGGAGGUGGAAACUCAGCGGAAUGGAAUCAAGGCUAUCUUUGAUCUGGAAGGGUGGCAGUUUUCUCAUGCUUUCCAAAUCACUCCAUCUGUAGCCAAGAAGAUUGCUGCUGUACUUACGGAUUCAUUUCCAUUGAAAGUUCGUGGCAUCCAUUUGAUAAAUGAACCAGUAAUUUUCCAUGCUGUCUUUUCCAUGAUCAAACCAUUCCUGACUGAAAAAAUUAAGGAACGGAUUCAUAUGCAUGGGAACAACUACAAACAAAGCUUGCAUCAGCAUUUCCCAGACAUUCUUCCUCUGGAAUAUGGCGGUGAAGAAUUCUCCAUGGAGGACAUUUGUCAGGAAUGGACAAAUUUUAUAAUGAAGUCUGAAGAUUAUCUCAGCAGCAUUUCUGAGAGCAUUCAGUGAGAUGUUAUUUCAUGUGAAUGGCUUCCUAAUUAAAAAUACAUGAGUAAUAUCCUACCUAGUUAAAUGAAUGAAAGAAAAGGAGCAAAUCUUUUAAACUAAUGCUUGUCUGAUCUUUAAAAAUGUAGAAAUCUUCUGACAUGAGCAACCCUCUGUUUGCCAUGGGCAUUUGGAAAGAUUUUUUACUUUUUAAAUGCUUCCUUUUCUCUACUUUUGAAGUAAUUAAAUGUCAGUACACCUAAGAGCUUAAAAAUUGGCGAUGUUAUACUUGAAGAAAACAUGAAAGUUAUUACUAAAGAAGCUGUUCAUGUGCAUCUUUGUAUGUUUCUAGAGAAUUAUAUUUUAAACAAGUUCUCUGAUUAUAUUGAUUUAGAAAUAAAUUUAGAAAUAUGCC